AUGUUCAGAGACAGAGAAGUUAUGAUGAAUGUUGACGAAUCUUCACUGAAGUUUGUGUCUGUUCUUGGCCGAGGGGGUUAUGGUUCCGUCUCUCUCAUGAUGGACUCCAACUUCAGAUUAUAUGCAGAGAAGUCAUCUCCGUUGAGUCACUUGAAGAAUCUCGAGAAAGAGCAUAGGAUCAUGCUUCGUUUCCGUGAUCAUCCUCGCAUCGUUCAAACCACAAGCCCUCAUCUUCACAUAGGCAUCAAACCCGAAAGAUGCUUCAUCUAUAUGGAGUUUGCCUCCAGAGGCACUCUCCACGCCAUGAUCUCCCAGUUCCGUGGAAGACCAAUGCCUGAAACUUUGAUCGGACGCGCCGCUCUUAUGAUCCUGCAAGGAAUCGAGGCUCUUCACUCGCACGGCUACGUUCACUGCGAUCUCAAACCAGCCAACGUCCUCCUCUUCCCUUCCAAGACUUUUGGAGAGCCGUGGGAUCUCAAGCUUGCUGAUUUUGGUUUAUCCAAGGAGCCUUGUACGGAUUCUAGAUCUUUGUUUGGUGGUACAGAGCAGUACAUGCCUCCCGAGUCUUUUGGCCCAAACAGAGUGAUGAGACCGGCCGUUGAUAUAUGGUCUCUAGGGUGUGUUGUUCUUGAGAUGUUUGGAGGCUGUCCAGAGAAGAUGGGAGAUUGUUAUACGUGGAGGCUUCCCAAUCUUGUCUCGCCUAUGGCCAACGACUUCUUGAGGCGUUGCAUGGAUCUGCAACCGUCACGUAGAGCCACCGCAACGGAGCUAUUGAACCAUCCUUUUGUUGCGCAAAGAAGGAUCAGUCUUCCACCACGGACAGAGAUUCCUUCUUUCCUAAGGUUUCCUUCUGUCAUAAGGAACAAUGUUAUGGAGGAAUAUUCUAAAAGGCAAGAAGGACCGGUGAUGAUGAUGGUUCCAAGACCUGAAAAUUUAAUCUGCUGA